CAUCAUGUCAAAAUCCAACUAGCAUUGUUUCUCUUCUGCCUCAAUCAACUCUUGGGCUGUCCUCUUUUGCAGAACUGUCUGCAGACCGAGGCGCACAUUCUGCCGGUCGGGAACACCUCCGGACCCAGCACUCAUAUGCCUUCAAUUGUGCAUUCUAAGCGAUCUUCUGCACCCUCCUCUCCGCUUCAUGCGAUCCCAUUUCGCCAAAGUCUGGCUCGUCGAUCAGGACCUGGCAACGUGAAAACGGAGCCUGCCAAUUGCGAACAGCCUGGCUUCAGAGCAAAAGAGUCUUGGUGCCCUGAUUUUAUCAGUCCCAGACCGUGGUCUUGUCGAAGAGUUCCAUUUCUUGUGAAGACGAGAGAAGCUGAAACCAGAUCCCUGCCUCCGACGCCAUUUCUUUGCUCAUUUCGGCGCAAGAUUGACUACGACGGCGACGUUGAGCAAGAUUGUAUUUCAGCCCAUGAACCUAAGAUUACAAUUGCUGAGAGAAAAGUUGGUCCAUUUUGCAGGGAACAGCCGCCUCCAGCGUACGGUGAAGUGAAGCUAAAGCGGAAAUUUUCAUACAACGGAAAUUUUGAUGUAGUGCGUAACGAUCUUGGGAGUACCAAUGGAAAAGUCAACUUUACUGCCAACUCCAAAUACCACCCAGGCUGCGCAACAUGUUGUGAUGAACAUCGUCUGAAUCUUUCAAAAAAUAAGGUAAUCUGA